AUGACACCUACUCCUAUCGGAAUGACAACAGCUACCAAUGGAAACACAGCACAAUACCUUAACACCAUUUCCAAGACAAAUGCUGUGCAAAGUACAACACCUCCCACAGCAAUGCCAGCAUACGGACUACAACAUCGAGAAAAACACAUAAGCCCCUUAUCACCUCAGGGGAGUUACCGCAAUAGUGCGAAGAGAAAACAACAGCAAGGUAUAUCCAGCCUUACCAUCCUAUGGUUGGCAACUUUGGCUAGUAAAAACAAUGAUGUUAUUGGAGCAAAAACUACAAACAGAGAGGAACGAAGACGCGCAACGUCUACAGCUGCGUCAGCCAUGUUUGACACCGCACUAAACUAUACACCCAAAGGAAAAUGUCGUCAGCAGUCACGAGCCGUCAACAUUUUGCUGACGGAAGCGGAACCAAUUCCAGAAAGCGAAGAACAACUUAUUGUUCCGCGCAUCUACACAGUGGACAAAGGUCAGCUGAACUACUCUGUUUAG